CUUUACUUUAAUAUACCUCGUGUUAUGACAUAGUGGCUCAACAAGAAUUCAAUAUGGCCUAUAUCCGAGCUCUCCUGGCAUUAUGCUGUCUAACAGUGCCAACUUUAGCUGCUGGGUUGUUGAAUUUCUUUGCUAUUGGAGAUAUGGGUGGUGCGCCUAAAUUCCCUUACACUACCCCUAUACAGGUGGCUACGGCGCGGGAGAUGGGUAUUCUCGCUAAUCAGCUGGAACCAGAGUUUAUUCUAGCCCUAGGGGAUAAUUUCUACACAAUGGGAGUAAAAAAUGUUGAUGAUCCUAGAUUAAAGGAAACAUUUGAAAAUAUCUACAAAAAUCCGGCAUUACAAGUACCCUGGUAUCUUCUGGCCGGAAAUCAUGAUCACUAUGGUAACGUAUCUGCUGAGAUAGCUUAUACAAAUCGUUCAAAAAGAUGGAAUUUUCCGGAAUUAUACUACACCCAAUCGUUCACCAUACCUGCUACAAGUAAUACAGUAGAUAUUAUCAUGAUUGAUACAGUUACACUAUGUGGUAAUACAAUUUAUGAGAAACCCCAUCUACAACCACAGGGACCCGAUGAUAUCCUAAAAGCCGAAGCCCAGUGGCAGUGGAUAGAAGAUAGCCUCAACAAGAGCAAAGCCACAUAUUUAUUAGUAGCCGGCCAUUUUCCCGUGUAUUCUGUAGCAGAGCAUGGACCAACUGAUUGUUUAGUGGACAGAUUACUACCUAUGUUGUAUAAAUUUAAUGUCACGGCUUACCUGUGUGGACAUGAUCAUAAUUUACAGCAUCUACAGACCACGUCCUCGGCUAAAACCACCAUGAAUUUCAUUGUUACUGGAUCUGCUAACAUUGUCGAUACAAGUAUGGCUCAUAAGACAAGUGUUCCUGAAGACUCCCUCAAGUUUCAUUGGGCGAACCCUCUAGGUCUUGGUGGCUUGGCACAUAUACAGGCGACGUCACAGAACUUGACUUAUAGUUUUGUUGAUGCCCUCCUUGGUUCUGAGAUUUAUACAGGAGUCAUUCAACCACGACAGGUCAACUAAAUCAGAUUUUGCUGGAAUGGUAAAUAACUACAUUGUGCUAUAAAUCACGUC